AUGAAAAUUAUUGAAAAUCUUGUACAAUGGCAGAUAAUAUGCUUCUUGGUUCACCUCGAUAUAAUCUUGAGUUACCAAAGGAGGAUCCUAAGGAACCAGGCAGCAUCAUUUUGGAGAAGUUCAAGAUGAAAGCAACUCCAAUUAGAGCAUUUCUUUCCAAACGUACCACUGGUUUUUCGAGAUACUUCCGUAAUGAUGCUAUCAAACGUCUUGAUUUUAAUGAGAAUGCCACCAAUCUUCAGUAUAGUCAGAAGAAACCUAAAGGAAUUAAUUUGACAUUUUACUCCCCUAAUUUAUCUCUGAAUAACCCUCUGAGUGCUAAUAAUACCUAAAAAGGAAUUUGACAAGAAGAUUGCAAAAAGAAGUUGCUGUUUUGAACUCAGAGGAGCUUGUAAAAGCAGAGAUAGCUCCUUACUUGGACAUAACUCGAGAUCAUAUGACAGAAGUUUUGGAAACUUUGAGAAUAAACAAGAGAAAAUCGGUUUUUGUUCAAAUUCUAAAAAAAGAGUAAACCUGAAAAACUUCCAUAAAACAAUGGGUCAGGUCUUUAAACUCAACCGUAACAAAGGCAAGAGAAGAUUGAGUUACAUGAAGGUUAAAGGUCGCCGUAUUAGAGUAAGAGAUAUGAAAGACACGAAAAACAGGAAGAAACGGGCUAAGAUAAACUCUACAUGUAUCCAAAGGAGUAACUUCAAUAGAUCUAUGCUUUUUACAAACCAGGCCGUGCAGGAUAUACUAUCUCGGAAGCAACCAUCCUACCCUCAGAGCAGAAGGAAAGAGAACACUACAGAUUUGAUUCAUUGAUCAUAUAACAACUACUUAAGCGGUAACCUUCAGCAAGAUUCUGUGAAAAAUUAUAAGAAGACUAUCUUCAGGCGGGUGAAGAAAUUCUCUCCCUAAUGAAGCAUGCUCCAUUCUUGCUGUGCCAUAAUAUACAUAUUUAU